CAUCACCACCCUUUGGGCACAGGGUUACAUCAUCACCACCCCCGACGGCAGGAAGGAAAGAAGGAUCCAGAGGCGCAAAGGCGCAGAGUCACAAAUCUCGGAUCUCUGGAAGAUCAUGGAUCCUCGAUGCUGUUGGUGUUGCUACUGCUGAGAGCCUGGGAUCCCAUCCAUCCCUCGGGGAGGAUCCCUUGCUCUCCUGCCUCGGGUUCAAGACCCUCCAGGCCAAAGCAGCAACAGAGGAAACCCAGCUGCAACCGGGUUUGCGCCCUUGGAAGGAAGCCAUCCAACCAACCCAGGCGCAGCUGCUUGUGCGCCUUGCAAGAAACCAAACCAAACCCUGCUUCCUCUGGGCAAAGAAGGAAACCCUCUUUGAGAAGGGAAAGGAAAGGCUUAGAAAGGGCCAGGAAGAGAGAGAGAAGGGCCACUCCAUUGAAGAAGCAGCUCAGGACACCCUUUGCAGGGCCUUUCCAUCGGUGGCUCCUCAUUCUCUCCAAAGAUGAGUCUGCUCACUCAGGAGCCCCAUAUUGUGGCCGCACUGCGGAAGAAACGGCUGGACAUUGAGGAUACGACGUCCACAGCGGAGAAUCCCCAGCCCAAGCGCCGAUGUCUCGAUCCGGUGGAGGGACGAACCCCUUGCCUCCAGCCCUUGGCUUGCUCCCCACCUGCCCAGGAUCAGGACCCGAGGGUCUCCCAGAUUGGCCCCUACGUCCUUUUGGAGCCCACCGAAGGGGGACGUUGCUUCCGGGCAGUGAAUAGGCAGACCGAGGCAGAAUACACCUGCAAGGUUUAUCCAUCCAAGAGCUACCGAGAGGUGAUGGCACCUUACGGCCUCCUCCCUCCGCAUCCGAACAUCGCUCGCCUGGCUGAGGUGAUCAUUGGGGAGGAAAAUGCCUACCUCUUCUUCGAGGCAGGAAGGGACGACAUGCACAACUAUGUGCGGCGUUGCAAGCGCCUUCCAGAGGACGAGGGAGCGGCCCUUUUCCGGCAAAUGGUGGAAGCGGUCUCCCAUUGCCACCAGCACGGCAUCGUCUUGCGGGACCUCAAGCUGAGGAAGUUUGUCUUUGCUGACCAGGAAAGGUCCAGAUUGCUGCUAGAGAACUUGGAAGACUCCUACGUGCUGAAUGGCCCUGACGACUCCUUGGAGGACAAGCACGGCUGCCCGGCUUACGUGGGGCCCGAGAUCCUCACCUCGAGGGGCUCCUAUUCGGGGAAGGCGGCCGACGUGUGGAGCCUGGGGGUGGCACUGUACACCCUCCUGGUGGGAUGCUAUCCUUUCCAAGGCACCAAACCAGCCUCCUUGUUCGGCAAGAUCCGCCGCGGACACUUUGCUGUCCCUGAGGACCUGUCGCCCAAAGCUCGGUGCCUCAUUCGGUGCCUCCUUCGGAAAAACCCAGCAGAGAGACUGACCGCCAAGGAGAUAUUGCUGCAUCCAUGGCUGGCCACGGUGGGCACCUCUGGGAGCUCACGAAGUAACACUGGCGAGGAGCAGGUAGUGCCCGAAAUAGGGCGCGUACAGAGAGCUGAAGCCAAAGAAGAACCAGAGGAAGGUCUGUACAGCUGAGUUGGGCAACGUGGCCAAACUCGGACUGUGUCUUGACCUAACUUCUUCUAUGUGGUUCCAUCAAAUUUUCAGUUCCACUGGACUGUUUCCAAAUGUGCCUUUGAAAUGGGAAAGAGGUUCUCAUUUGCCAGCAGGUGCUUUUGUGUCUAAAUCAGGGAAGAAGGGAAUCAGAGUCCCCUUUGUAGGAGCUCAGCACUGUCCUCCUUCGCCUGCACCAAAGAACCAUUUCUGAACUCUUAGCCAG